AUGUUACGUAAAACUUUGUACUUGUCCUUGUUAUAUUCCUUUUCUGCUGUUGCACAUGCAGAUGCUUUGAAUACCGCUAUCAGUUCCGCAGUUUCUAGUGUCAACAAUUCUACCACUUCAGAUGUAAACAUUUGUUGCAAAGCUCUGCAACAAGCAUUGGGUCCGAAAGUUUCUUACUCGAAUUCAUCAACGUAUACUGCAUUUUUAGAAAAUUUCUAUUCUCAGCAAGAAUCAGACAUAUCUCCAGGCUGUAUUUUGUCACCAACAUCCACAACAGACGUCUCGACUGCUGUCGGUAUUUUAUCUGUUCUUGGAAAAUCCACAAACUGGAACCCUUCAUGCCAAUUCGCCAUCAAAUCUGGAGGUCAUGCCCCAGGAGCAGGUGACGCCAACAUAAAUCAAGGAGUUUCGAUAGAUCUGAGUGCCAUCAAUGCAAUCAGUGUUAACACCAAUGAGUCUGUGGUAUCCGUAGGUCCUGCAGCAAAAUGGGGAGAGGUUUAUUCUAGGUUAGAUGCUUUACAACUGACUGUUCCCGGUGGACGGGUCAGCACAGUUGGGGUUGGAGGGUUGACCCUCGGAGGUGGAAUAUCCUAUUUCUCCCCUAAAAAAGGUUUCACAUGUGACAAUGUAAAGAACUUCGAAGUGGUUCUCGCAAACGGAAAAGUCGUCAAUGCAAAUGCCAAGGAAAACAGCGAUUUAUUUCUAGCACUAAAAGGCGGCUCAAACAACCUCGGUGUCGUUACACGAAUUGACUUUUACGCUUUUAAACAAGGCGAUAUAUGGGGCGGUAAUAUAGUGUAUCCACUUACCACCGCAGACCAACAAAUCAAUGCCUUGACCGACUUCAGCUCUAACGCAACUUAUGAUGAGAAUGCUUCUUUAAUUAUGAGUCUUGCGUUUCAACUCGGUUUAGGCGCCGUGGUAGUUAGUAAUGUUGUGUAUACGGAACCGGUCGUUAACCCACCUGUAUACCAACCUUUUACAGCCAUUCAACCUCAGUUCUUUGAUACUAUGGGAAUCAGGAACUUAACUGACGUCACCAGUGAAACACUUGCCACACUUCCCCGUUCACGCACUCUCUUCAAAACAACAACAUUCAAAGCCAAAAAAGAAAUAAUAACCACGGCCUUCAACGCCUACAACGCGUCUCUCCCCUUCAUCGAAUCCCUCUCCGGAAUUACCUGGGCCUUAUCCUUAGCACCGCUGCCGACCAACAUCCCCGCCGAAUCCGCACCAUCAGGCGGAAACGUCCUAGGUGUAAUUCCAGACGACGGACCACUAAUCGUUGCUCUCCUAACUGCUACAUGGGCGGACAUCGCCGACGAUAGUCUUGUCACCAACACCGCUCAAGCUAUCUUCGACAAGAUUGAUUCAUUUGCAGCGACAGAGGGAUAUCUUAAUGAUUGGAAGUACUUGAAUUACGCGGCGAAUUCGCAAGAUCCGAUUGAUGGGUAUGGAGCGACGAAUAAGGCAAUUUUGCAGGAGGCGAGUAGGAAGUAUGAUCCCGAAGGUGUUUUUCAGAAGGGUGUUCCCGGGGGCUUUAAACUUUUCGUUUGA